CGCACUUUCAGACCAUGAUGAGCUACAACUCGCCCACCGUGCCAUUUUCUAAAUUCGCACGCACAAGACACGGUAAAGCCAAAAAUCAACACGCGUCAUUCUUUCGCGCGCCACUGCCACUUCUCUCUACAUAUUGUCAGUUCGACAGCGACAUCCUUUCCUAAGGCUUAUUUGUCAUUGGUUGGAUUGAGAAGUAAUCAUCUCCGACCCACUCUGGCGAAGGCUUCAUAUAUCCAAUAUCCCGGACUUGGUCUUAAGGCAGUAAGACGCGACGGAUACUACACCAUCAGCCACGCAUCGCAACCAACAGCCAUGUCCGACCUGCACGCCAACAAACGCGCACGGGUGGACUCUACCGGCGAUGCCCAUCCCCACCGUACCCAGGAGUCGGACUCGGACUCGGACUCGGACGAGCGAAUCCAAGCAUCAGCGUCCGCGCAGAUCCUAGCGGGCGAGAAAGGGCGCAUGAUCCGCGAGCACGUUGACGAAGUGGACGAAGAGACGCUCGCCAGAAUAGUGGUUCACGCGGCCACCGUGCACCCAGACAUCUACGCGCUGCUGGGGCGAGAAGUCAUGAAGCUCCGGCACGAGAUAGCCAACCGGAUAAUCGACUUCCCAUGGCAGUCCGGCCAUGUAUGGCGGCAGAUGAACAGCGGGGAGGAUGGCUAUAGCAGCUGGCGGGACUCCAAAAGGGCCGAAGAGAUUGUCGAGGACAUCCAAGGUAUCGUGUCUGAUAUUGUAGACGAGUGUGGCCCGUAUGUUCACCCACAGACGCGCUAUAAUGGCCUGGCGGUGCUGCGCAAGAUGGCCAAGUCCAUUGCGCUUGCAUCCAAUUCGGUGGCCCGUGAAAUCCAGGAUACCUUUUCGUGGGAUCCCUUCCUGGAGGAGGCGAUGUUGUCUAUUGUGUCUGCCAUGCCGAUAUCGGAAAGACAGGUAGUGUGUGAACACGGGGGUGAGAAGGGGCUUUGGCCAAAGCUGGAAGAGCUGAAGAAUAUUGCGAAUAAUCAUGAUGUCUUUGAACGCUUAUGGGAGGUGACGGACCUAUUGGAAGAGUGGAGGCCAUCUGAGAGUGAAGAAUGAAGUAGAGAAUAUGACAGUGGCGAGGAGGAUAAUAAGAAUAGUAAGGGGGGCCCAGAUAAGGAGGUCGCGG